AUAUGGUGAGUGAAUGUUUACUUUAGUUUCAAUUCAACCUCAACUCGUAGAUGUUUGACGCCCGGAAACGCUAAACAUUCAUAAAGUAAACCUUAAUCUAAAGAAAAGGUUCGCCUAUCCGACCAAAUCAUGAUCCUGAACAAAAUCUGCCGUUUGUGUUUGUCGGAGAAAUCACGCGUUAAAUCAAUCUUUAGCGGAUACAAACGCGAGCGACUACUCACUGUCAUAACCGAUGUUGUUCGGCUGGAGGUAAGUGAAGGAGAUGGUCUUCCGGCGAACAUUUGCAAACCCUGUGCCAGCACACUGAUACGAAUUCAGGAGAACAUUGAGGAAUUCCGGGAAAAUGAGCGUAAACUACGCGUGAAGGUUCUGAAACUUGAAGAGUGCGAUAAAGAUCCACCAGCAAGUACCAAACCGGAGUUGCUGGAUUGCCCAAUCCAGGUUGAUGGUAGCGCAGGGAAUCAACUCGACUUUCUGAAGGUAGACCUCGAAGAACACCUUCCCCGUAUGAAUACUGUUGAAGAUGUCACCGAAAAUUUAUUAGCUAUCCUCAAACCAUUGGAAGAUUGUGCUGCUGAACAAAUCGAUGCCGUUGAUACAGCAGAGGAACAGAAGCCGACAAACGAAGAAUACACAUCGACAUAUGAACCGGACAGUGAUGAAGACUAUGAGCCUAAUAAGUUGCACACUGAAACUAAGUUGAAAAAGAUUCGUAGAACGAAAGCAAGUGUGAACGCUCGGAAGACUGAAUUAAUCGAGCGAAAAGGUAAACGAAGAUCUCGUCGGAAGUCAGACGACGAGGAAGGUCGACCCAAAGUUAACGAUCACAAGUGCUACAUUUGUCGCAGUGAAUCAAUGGGAUCGGCUAAGGCCCUGUUAGAGCAUUUGACUACUCAUCUAGAUCGUACACCGCAUACCUGCACAGAAUGCAAAAUGGUCACAGUCGUUCUGAAAAGUGUCCGAUCGUUGAAUGUUCACUUGAAAAUGCAUGCCCAACCGAUGAAGUGCGAAUACUGCGACCGGCGGUACUGUGAUGAGCGUGCACGUGACUUUCACGUUAAGACAUACCAUUUGGGGGAAAGUGCACCCUGUCCGUCUACUUGCGAUCAAUGUGGAAAAGUGUGUAAAUCGAUAUCGGCGCUCAAGAGCCACAUAAGAGAUCACCGACUUAGCCUGAAGUGUGAAUAUUGCGAUAAAAUCUUCCACCGGCGAAAUAAAUUGAAAGAACAUGUAACUCGUGUACACGAGAAAGCCGAAAAGUACGAAUGUAAUUUGUGCCACCGGGUUGUGCAUUCCCUGGAAAGUUACAACUCACAUUUGAAGAUGCACAUGAGCGAAAAAACGUACGAGUGUGAUCUAUGCCCGAUGAAGUUUUACACAGCCGGAAAUCUGGGUCUGCAUAAAAGGAUUCAUUCCGGUAAUGCCAACUACAAACCGCACAAGGAUUGGAGCGGACAUUACACAGUAACCCAUGAACCGGGUCAGGACAAAAAAUACACCUGCAAAUUAUGCGGCAAGUCGUACAGCAAAACGGUGAUGAAGAUAAACAAUCAUCUCAAGAACCACUUUAAAGAGAUCAAGUGUGAUCGAUGCGAGCUGAAGUUUGUUAAUGAAUCCCAAUUGAAAACUCACUACGUAGUGCACACCGGGAUCCGGCAGUACAAAUGUGAAUUCUGCGGUAAAGAUUUUCUGCACAAAAAUAACCUCACGCAACAUUUGAAAUUGCAUCGAAACGAACAGAACUAUGCGUGCGAAUUUUGUGGGAAAAUGUUCACGUACAAGGAAGGUAUGAAGGCUCACAUUCGAAAUCAUCAUUUGCGUGAAAGCCCAUACGAGUGUGCUUUCUGUCGCAAGAAAUUCGUGGAUAAUGCAUCCCUCGGCCGGCAUGUAGCUUCUGAACAUGAAGAACCUCCAAUACAGGUUGAUUUAGGGCCGCCUCCACUGAUGGGGACCACGUCAACGCAGGUACCUAGGUUUGAUUACUCGGGUUCGGCGUUUCCGGUAAGUUAGGUCAAUAUGGUUUUUUUGCCAACGUUUCAGGUAUUUUAAGUAAGUGAUUUUUCGUGUGUAACUAAAAUAAAACAUUGCUCGAAGCUAGUCCCAUGUAUGUUUUGUGAAAGUCCUC